GGCCUGUGUCCAGAGAGAGAUUUCAAGGUGGAAUGUGGGGGAUUUUCACACCGCCCGGUGUACAGCCUGAAAUACGUGCCCGACACCAGCUUGCUGGUGACGAGUGGCCCACCAGACAGCUCCCUCCAGGUCUGGCAGGUGUCAGCAGAAGCCUCUGAUGUUAUUCAACCUGUGAGUGCCAUACCGACGGAAAACGGCACUGGGCAACCUUGGGCUAAAAUUGCCACCAUUUCGGCCGGAGCCCCGUGGGUCCUUCACGGCUCGAGGCUCGACAGCGUCCAAAUUACAGAGGUCGAAUCGAGGAAAAAGGUCUACGUGGCAGCCUCCAGAAACAGCGAGGAGCUCAGCGGCCUGGCGUUCCUGGAUGGCCACACCUUGCUCCUGUGCUGCGCCAAGGGGCAGCUCUGCCUGGCUGACGUCCGGAGCCCCGCGGAGGCCGCGUCCGUCCCCUCGGCGCCGUGCGGCGAGCGGUGGUGCAUGGGAGUCGGGCGCGGGCCUCGAGGCUCUGACUCCAGCUCCCAGCCCGUAGCUCGCCUCUCGAGCGAAGGGCACCUCACCCUGACGGACGUCAGGAAAACCUCCGAGUCCUUGGCCUCGGCCAAGUGCAGAGUUCCCUCUCCCAGCUCCGGGGCGGAGUUCCUGUGCGUCUCCUGGGCUCCUGCUCUGGAAGGCUGCCUUGCCGUUUCAGGUUUCGAUGGGACCGUGCAAGUGUACGACACGCAGAGCUGGGACGGCUCCGGCCGGGAAGCAGAGCCGCUCUUUGUCCACCGAGGCCACGCGUUCGGCAGCGGGGGCCCUCCCCUG